GAUGUUAGGCAUGUUCGUCUUUUAACUUUGAAUCCAAUAUCCCUCUUAAGUUUCUCUUCUUCUUCUUCUUCAUGCCCCCAUCUAGGGUUUCUGCCUCUGCUCCUGUGAUUAGGGUUUGGUGAUUAUGACAGAAAAGCCGCCAUUAAAAUACCUCUCACCCCAAGAUUGGGAGCUCCUCAUUGAAGACUUCCAAUACGACGUCGUACGCCGCGAGAAAUGGACAUCCCACUACUCCCCACUCUCCAUCCUCGACCUCGCCCUCUCCUCCAUUCUCCGCAAGGACUUCCCCCUCAAGCUCUCUCUCAUCUCCUUCCUCGAAGAGUUCUCCGAUUCUCUCUUCCGCAAUUUCGAAGUCCAACUCGCCCUCGACCGCCUCAUCGAUGCCGUCAGAUCGGUGGUUCAAGCUCCUCAUGAUGCUGUCUCCUUCUCCUCCGCGCUCAAGGAGCGAAUGGUGGUUGCGGUCACCUCCAUUUUGAUAUGCAUUGGAAAUGAUGUCGAAGUUUGCCUAGGCCAACUGGAGAGCUUGGUGGAGUUGCUUUUGACAAUUGUGAAUCGGCCGAGUCAUGGGGCGGAUCGGCAGAUGAGAGCGGUGGCCUGCGAGUGCUUGCGGGAGUUGGAGAGGGCGUUCCCGUGCUUGCUGGCAGAGAUCGCGGGGCAUAUUUGGGGAUUGUGCCAGAGCGAGCGAACUCACGCUUCGCAGAGCUACAUUCUGUUGUUCACAUUGGUGAUACAUAAUAUUGUGUCUAGGAAGGUGAAUGUAUCGAUUUUAAAUACAUCGGUGCCUUUGGUGCCCUUCAAUGUGCCCCAAUUUGUGGUUGGAGGUUCGAGCAGGGAGGUUUCGGGGUUGAAUUUUAAGGAGCUGAGGAGAGUGAUGGCGUUUUUGUUGGAAUCGCCGCAGAUUUUGACUCCUAGCGCGAUGAUGGAGUUUAUGUCGUUGGUGAUGCCGGUGGCGUUGGUGUUGGAGUUGCAGGCAUCGAUGUUGAAGGUGCAGUUCUCUGGCCUGCUUUACUCCUAUGAUCCCAUGCUAUGCCAUGUUGUUCUGAUGAUUUAUUCGCGUUUCGUAGAUGCGUUUGAUGGGCAAGAGGCCAGCAUCGCUCGCCGGCUUGUGUUGAUCUCGAGGGAGGCCCAGCUCCCUCUUGUUUUUCGCUUGCUUGCCCUCCAUUGGUUGUUGGGUUUCAUUGGAUUGGUACCGGAUAGCGGCGGGAGGAAGAAACAGUCAAUUGUUGAAAUAGGUUUGGGAUUUUUUUACCCGUCCGUCUUUGAUCCGCUUGCACUGAAGUCAUUGAAGCUUGACCUUCUUGCCUUCUGUGCCAUAUGUCUCAACACAUUGAGUGCGGAUAAUAUGGGAGGAGGGUCAAGUGAGGUGGCAGGGCCCCGAGUAUCUGUGGUGAAGCUAUUUGAGGAUGGCCUUGUCUCUGUAUCCGCGUUCAAGUGGUUGCCUCCAUGGAGCACAGAAACUGCAGUGGCAUUCCGCACCUUUCACAAAUUCCUGAUAGGUGCCCGGUCUCAUUCUGAUACUGAUUCUUCCACCAAUAGAACCCUGAUGGAGUCUACCAUCUUCCACACUCUAGAGAGGCUGCUUGUGGAGAUGACAUUGGAGUUUCAGAGAUUGGUUCCAGUAAUUGUUGCUUUUGUUGACCGUUUGUUGCUCUGUCACAAGCAUCGUUGGUUGGGAGAACGCUUGCUUCAGACAUUUGAUCAGCAUUUGCUUCCAAAAGCCACCAUAGACUAUAGAUUGGCUUCUUAUUUCCCAAUUUUUGAUAGAAUUGCUGAGAAUGAUACUGUUCCCGCUUGUGGAUUGUUGGAGCUGCUUACCAAAUUUAUUGUUUCCCUUGUUGAAAAACAUGGCCCAGAUACGGGAUUGAAAUCUUGGUCUCUGGGAAGUAAAGUUCUUGGCAUUUGCCGGACGUUGAUGAUACACCACCAUAGUUCUAGAUUAUUCCUUGGAUUAUCUCGUCUCCUCGCAUUCACUUGCCUGUAUUUUCCUGAUUUAGAGGUUCGGGACAAUGCAAGGAUCUACCUGCGGAUGCUGAUCUGUAUACCAGGAAAGAAGCUUAGACACAUAUUGAACCUCGGGGCACAAGUCCCUGGAAUUGCGCCAUCUCCACAUACCAGCUCAUUCUUCAAUGUUCAGUCUCCUCGGCCUUCUCGUGAUCUUAAGAAAUCCAGGAAUAUCUCUUCUUACAUUCACCUUGAGCGUGUAAUACCACUGCUUGUAAAACAAUCUUGGUCCUUGUCUUUGCCAACUUUGGGUAUUGGGGGUGACAAACCUGGUUAUCUGGAGAAUAUCAUGGACAGUGAACCCCCAGUUGCCAUGGAAAGGGAGGUUGAUGGCAGUAGUAGUAUACAAAUCAUCUCUGAGACUGAAAAAAUUGAUCAUCCACAGGAGCCUUUACGUGUGAUGGAUUCAAAGAUUUCAGAGAUCCUAGGAAUAUUGAGGCGGCAUUUUUCAUGUAUUCCGGAUUUCAGACACAUGCCAGGGCUUAAGAUUAGAAUAUCCUGUAGUUUGAGAUUUAAAUCUGAGCCCUUCAAUCGUGUAUGGGGGGCUGAUGUGCCUGCUGCUGAUUUGGAUGGUGUAGAUGCACUUCCUGCCAUAUAUGCAACUGUGCUCACGUUUUCAUCUUCGGCACCUUAUGGGUCUAUCCCAUCAUUUCACAUACCCUUUUUACUUGGUGAACCUCCCACAAAUGGUUAUUCCUCAGGCCAAAAGGGCUCAUUGGAUAUUGUCCCUGUUGAAAAUGGUUCAGAAGAGGAAGUAAGUUUCAGGGCUCCUGUAAUGAUUGAAUUGGAACCACGGGAACCAAUGCCUGGUCUUGUUGAUGUUUCCAUUGAAACAAAUGCAGAAAAUGGUCAGAUCAUAAGUGGACAGCUUCAGAGUAUCACAGUGGGCAUUGAAGACAUGUUUCUCAAGGCCAUUAUCCCAGCCGACAUUGCAGAAGAUGGAGUCCCUGGUUAUUACUCAGAAGUGUUCCAUGCUCUGUGGGAGGCAUGUUGUACUUCAUCCAACACUGGGAGGGAGACCUUCCCUUUGAAAGGAGGCAAAGGAGUGACAGCAAUCAAUGGGACCCGAUCUGUUAAGCUCCUUGAAGUUCCUGCAAUGUCUUUGAUCCGGGCAGUUGAGCGCCACUUGGCACCCUUUGUUGUAAGUGUGAUGGGUGAACCCCUUGUUAACAUUGUAAAGGAUGGGGGAGCGAUCAGAGACAUCAUCUGGAAGGAUGGAGCCUCAGAUUCAGCCCUAGAUGUUACCACCUCGGUUAAUGAUUACGAGGAGGAGCCACUCCAACUCAAGUACAUUGAUGAAGAAGAUGACAGAGAGAGCAAUGUGAACAUCAGCAACAGAAACAUUGGGUGCUUUCUGGUCUUGAUAUUUCUUCCACCAAGGUUCCAUCUCCUUUUUCAAAUGGAGGUAUGUGAGCUCUCAACUUUAGUUCGGAUUAGAACUGAUCACUGGCCAUGCCUAGCUUAUAUUGAUGAUUAUUUGGAAGCUUUGUUUUUAUCAUAGAGAGGGGAAUAUUUCUUUCCUGUAUACAGAACAUGAGUUAUCAUCUAAACUUUCCGAGCGCAUCUUCAGCAAAUUUUUUCAGAUUCUUUCCCUGUAUUGUAACUUAGGAAAAAGGAGUUUUUUUUUUUUUUUUUUUUUUGCCCUCAGAAUAACCUUAAAAACUGUAAAUACCUACUCCAGGUGUGUUAUUUAUAUUGUAUUCUAUUGAUUUUUGAGAUAUUUAAAUAAUGCAUUUUUUGGUUUU